AUGGCGGGCCUGUUGUCGCCAAAACCUGUGUACCACCCACAAUCCAACGGCCAGUACACAAACUAUCCGCGCAACCUUUCUGCCUUCUCAGAGACCCCGCCCAUUGCCUCCGCCCCGUCGACUCACCCGCUCCCGCCUGGCUUCCCCGCCACCCAGAGUGCACCCCCUCACGUUGCUCUGCAGGACGAUGGAAAAAUAUACGGGCUCGUCAUCGACCUCAUGGACCCGAACACCCGGGAGGGGGCACUCCUUGAGCUGAGCAAGAAGCGCGAGCAGUAUGAUGACCUUGCUCUGGUCCUUUGGCACUCCUUUGGCAUCAUGCCCGCUCUCCUCCAGGAGAUAGUCUCCGUCUAUCCUCUGCUUUCCCCUCCCAACCUCACCGCCCAUGUAUCCAACCGGGUUUGCAACGCAUUGGCGUUACUGCAGUGUGUCGCAUCGCACUCUGAAACUCGUCAACUUUUCCUGAACGGUCUGUUUAUCCUUCAACUGCGCGACGAACCGUUCGAAUGA